AACCAGAGAUACUAGCAAGAGAAGUUUAGAUCCAAAUCGUGACAUUGAUUUCAGCUUUGAAUAUAGCCAAUAACCAUGACCGGUUAAAGCCGGUUUAUGAACCCCCUAAUAAUCUUGGUCUGGAUUAUGUCUCGAGAGCUGAGAGAGUCCCCGUACUGAGAUAGUUAAGAGCGUCGGGUGAGAAGCAAUGGUGACUCCGACGGCGGCUAGGGUUUCGACGUCGAUCUCAGUACUUUUACGACGUAAUUCUCGGCAGCUAUGGUCAUUAGCCUCUUCCCCCAGCUCUAAUUCCAUCCCUCGCCCUAUCAGCUCUGGUACUCUUUUGUGCAAGGUUUUACAUAACGAAGAGUUUUGUCAAGAAGAACCUGCGUGGAAAGCUAGAUACUUGACAUCCUCCUGUUGCUUUCAUUCUACUCCCGCCGCGAGCAACCCUGAUGAGAACAGUUUGAGCCAAGAUGGAGGAGGAGUAGCUUCUUCUACAAAACCAAAGAGGAAAAAGCUCAAAGGCAAACGCGCGGUUGUGCGUUGGCUCAAGUUUUUCCGUUGGAAGAAGAAGAAAGAGGUCGAAAGAAUGACAGCCGAAGAAAAAAUACUCAACAAGCUAAGAAAGGCUCGCAAGAAAGAGGAACGACUCGUGGAGACGAUGAAGAAGCUGGAGCCUUCGGAGUCAUCCGAAACGGCGCACGACCCUGAGAUUCUGACACCCGAGGAGCAUUUCUACUAUCUCAAAAUGGGUUUGAAGUGUAAGAACUAUGUUCCCGUCGGGAGGCGUGGGAUCUACCAAGGAGUGAUUCUCAACAUGCAUCUCCACUGGAAGAAGCAUCAGACCCUGCAGGUUGUGAUCAAGACGUUUACUCCCGAGGAAGUGAACGAGAUCGCUGUUGAGUUAGCUAGGUUGACUGGUGGGAUCGUGCUCGAUGUUCGUGAAGGGAACACGAUUGUUAUGUACAGAGGCAAGAACUAUGUCCAGCCUCCGACUGAGAUCAUGUCUCCUAGGGUUACUCUCCCGAGGAAAAAGGCUUUGGACAAAUCCAAAUGUAGGGAUGCGCUUCGUGCUGUUAGAAAGUAUAUUCCGAGGCUUGAACAAGAGCUUGAGUUGCUUCAAGCGCAAUGUCAGGCUACUAAGGGAGAAUCUCCGAGUUUAGUCAAGAUUGAUCAUGAUGAUGAUGAUGAUCAAAGGUCGGAAGAGUUGAAGAAGAUUAUAGAAAGAAGCCAAGAGUGUUUUGAGGAUGAGCAAGAAGAGGAGGAAGAAGAUGAAUUGGCAACUGAUUCUGAUCUGUCUGAUAUAUUUGAGACUGAUUCUGAAUCAGAGAACGACAAGGCAGAGCGACCGCUUUUUCUUGAGGAGUUUGAGAAAUUUCCAGCUAUAAACAGCAAGGCAGGAGGAGAAGUAGACUUUGGGGAUCCAGGGAAAACUAAAUCAAGAGAUGAUAAGGAGGAUGAGUCUCCAGAUUUUGAUGAGGUCGAUAAGAUGUUUCUUCGGGCUGCUUCACUUUUAAAGAAGAAAAGACGAUGAAGAAUGACCAAGAGAUUCUAGUUUUCAUCAUCUUAAUUGGGGUACAAGUGAAGAAGAACAAAGUCACAGAGUACUAUCUUCUUUCUCUCUACUUGUUCAAGGGGUUACUCUCUGUUUGAAAUUUUGAUAAUUUGGUUAUGAGAAAUAUGCUUGCUUCUUAUUCA